ACAGGUGACAGCGUGGAGGGUUCAUCCAUUAUUUAUACAGUCAUUGGCCAAGCCGGACUCUACUCUCUCCCGGAUGCUAAACCAACAACAGGCUUCUCCGUCGUGAGCCAAGCUGGCAGAGCAAACACUCCAACGCAACCAUCCUGGGAAAGACCGGGUCAAAGGCGAACGCUGAAUCUGAUUCUCACCGGAGACGAAGACGAUCGAAACGUGGAGAGGUGGGGGAAGAAUCAAAAAGGUCUUCAAGCAAACGAGAUCAUGGUGCGUCGAAGCCGGGGUCAGUCUACUCGCUCCAUCUAUCUGGGACUGGCGUGCAUCUCUCUCUCUCUCCAUCUCCUUUUAGCAAUCUUCUGCUUCUCGGUCCUUCAGUCCGCCUGUGUUCUUCCCACGCCGUUCUCUCCAGCCUUUGUUCCAAGAACAGAUCCGGUCUCGCACUCCUCCUCCUCUUCUGCCGCCUUUUCCUCAAACAAACCACCAGCCAACUCCCAAAAUGGAGAACGGUACAAAUCAAAUGCCAGCGUGCAUGACCAGAAAUGGAAUGGCUCCAUUAGCGAGGCCACUGAGGAGGCAAAGAAACUGCUCGGAGUUGAAAAACUAAUGAAAAAGGAGAAGGGUCGCUCUAAGCUGGAGGAGUUGUUUCAACAUCCGCUCUACAACCUGCCACGUCCAGAGCUACAGGAAGACGACUGGCUGCUGAGGCUAAAGACCGACGCUGAGGCGGAAGACUCGGUGGGUGAGGAUGAGGAUGAGGAGAACUCCAUCACUAACGACAGUGAGUGGCAAAGCGCCAGUGAGGAGGAUGGCUACGAUAAAGUUACUUGGACAAGAGACAAGGAAACCCAUCCUCCCUGGUUGCAAUUCCAAUUGGGAAUCUCUCGCUGGGAGCUGUAUGACAGGAACAACCCCAACCUGGCUCAACUGACUCAUUAUUUGGCAACAAACCGCAUCCUUGGAGCUGUUCAGAAGACCGGGGGCACACAGCUGAAACUGCUUCUGUCAUUCCCAAAUUACGGACAAGCUCUGCUCAAACCCAUGAGACAAUCCAGAGACGCCGAGACAGACGUGAACCUCUUCUACUUCUCAGACUUUGAGAGACACAAUGCAGAGAUCGCUGCCUUCCACCUGGACAGACUGUUGGGCUUCAACCGGAUCCCUCCAGUGGUCGGUCGACUCGUCAACAUCACCACAGAGAUCAGAGACAUUACCGCUGACCGCAAGCUCUCUAGGACCUUCUUUACCUCCCCGGCUGGGAACACGUGUUUCUAUGGCCAGUGUGAGUACUACUGUUCAACAGAGAACCCGGUAUGCGGUCGGCCACAUGUACUGGAGGUUUCUCUGGCUGCCAUGUUGCCUGAUCUCACCCUGGCUCCUCGCAGGUCUUGGAGGUCACCGUGGAGACGAUCCUAUAGUCGUACAAAGCUGGCACAGUGGGAGAAGGACCCGGCCUACUGCGACACUGUGAAACAAACGCCUCCCUACAACAGCGGCACCAGGCUGGUGGACCUCGUAGACAUGGCUGUGCUGGACUUUCUCAUGAGCAAUAUGGACAGACACCACUACGAGACCUUUGAGAAAUUUGGAAAUGAAACGUUUCUACUUCACCUGGACAACGGACGAGCGUUUGGGCGACACUCCCAGGAUGAGCCUUCCAUUCUUGCUCCUUUGACGCAGUGCUGCAGGAUCCGUCGCUCCACCCUGCUCCGCCUGCGUCUCUUGUCCCUCCCCGAGUUUCGUUUGAGUGACGUUGUGCGGGAAUCACUGGACCUGGAUCCUCUGGGGGCCGUGGCCCCCCUUCUCUCUGAACCACACCUGUCUGCUUUGGACCGACGCCUGGCGGCGGUCCUGAGAGCCGUUCAGACUUGUCAGGAGAAGCACACCGAUGUCAUUUAUGAUGAUUUAAAAAAACACGGCGAUCAUUGGCCCGACUGAAAGAAAAAAACAAAUUAAUAAAUUAUAUAUUUUCUACUUGCAUCUUGUGUUAUU